CGCUCGUGCGUCCCCUCCGUCCUCUCGCGUGUUCACUGCCCCAGGCGGGGCAGAUCGUUCCGAAGGCGCUGACUCUGUGUGUGCUGUCGGAGUGCGCACGUGUCUGGCGCUGGACAGCCUUGCGUUGGCCUGUGCUGUGGCUCUAACCUUGCUUGUACUCAUAAUGAUCUCGCGCGUUCAAGUCGCUGACGAGAAUCUGAACGCGACCAACUCGCACGCCAACGCCGGCGUCCACCGCAUCACGCCCGUGUAAGUCGCGUCUCUAUCAUCUGACAUGCUUCCUUGCAUCUAUAUUUACUGCCCUCUUCAGCUUUCCCUGCAGUCUCAAUAAUCUCGUCACGUCCAGCACUCGUUCCGCAAGCAUCCCCUUUCUGGAAUUUCGUCUUUCGUGCGUGGUCAUCCAGCCGCGACGACGCUCUCAGAUUCUGUCCUUUGUACUUGUUGUUUGCUCUGUAACCCCUUCCCUUGCCACAGCCGACCACUCUAUAGUCCAUCUAUAUUUGGAAAUCUAAGGAUUCACAACCGCCUUGAACCGGCUGCUUUCUUUCCUCUAUUCAUCCUUCUGGAAUGGACUUUCCAUCGCGGACAUUCUGAGCCGCUGGGAAACGCUAUUUCUCUUUUUUCUUACCAUUGCCCCACCCCAAAAUCCAUUGGCUGUUCAUGUUCCAAACGCUAUGACGCGUUCGAGCUGAUGUCCGCCUGUCAUGAACACAAAGCAGUUCCAACAGCUUGCCGGGGCCCUCAUUAUAUCAGAUCUGACCAAGCAACCACCUUUUUUGCAGCGUAAUAUCGAUCAGCGUUUAUGCUGUGAAAGAGACAAAAUCCAACGUGCCAAGCUUUCCCGGCUCGAACGCGACCAGUUUGACCUGCGGGGUGCAGUGUUUCUGACGGAGAUGAACGAGCGUCUGUCGCCCAAGCUUAAGGUCUCUGUGCUCGGCGUGGCACCCGGUGGGAGACGUUCAACAGCUGAUAGGACCGCCGUUCGUGCUUCAACCUCGAACGGUCGAAGCCGAGGAAAUGUGAUUGAUGUUCGCUGUCGGCUUCGCUUAGGCAUCUACAGCAGACGAAAUCCCCAGACCUGUCUCCACACCACCCACAGGAUGACGAGAUUGCAUGGAGAAAGGAGAGCCGAUGGGAGGUUCAACCUCUCCACCACUCUGACACCCGGCGAGAAGCCCUUCGAGUUUCAGAUGGACCAUAUGAAAGACAUUGUCGAAAAUGACAUCACCUGGCGCGAGGCUAUGGCCGAGGAUUAUCUUAUGCGAUUUGAGCUCAUAUUCCCCAGUCCGCAAGACGGAUAUGAUGUGUGGGAAGCGCUCAGCAUCAACAGCGCAGAAGGACCAAAUGGCGUUCUGUGGGCGCAAUGGGCCAGGCUACCAAGAUGUCCUGCGGCGAAUGACUACUUGGCAAUCUUCGCAGGGAAAGACACCACGACCAAGUACGUGCUCAAUGUAAACAUGGGCUGGGGCACAGAGCAAUGGCUGCCCAGCAGUGGCACAGGAAAACGCCGGCGAACGAGCACGCCACUCGAGGCAUGGAACAUGACCAAGCGACAUAAAAGUAACGGACAGCUUCCCACACCUGUGUCUACACCGAGAUCAGGCUCGUCAAUUGCAUCUACGGACGUCACCAUGCGGUGGCACAUUAACGGUCAAUUGAUUGAGAAGCACGGCUAUCAAUGCAUUCUCUGUGGAGGUCGGGAUUUAAAGUCGCUGGAUAAGGUUGAGGUCCAUCUUGUCAAUUCACAUACGUGUCUUGAAUUUAGCAUCGAGACCGACGCGCCUGCUGGCGCCAUUGACGAGAGCGUCGUCGACAUAAUCGUUGUAAACGGUGUUUCAUUCCCGAAGCAUAAAAACACCAACAACAAGGGCAGAGUCAAAGGCGUAAGCGAUAAAGAGGACAGCGUCAUUGAUGACUUUGAGUUUACCACUCCAUAUGACCCCUACGCUCCAAUCAGCGCUCAACAAGUGUUGAAAGACCCCCGCUUCACAGUUAUGAGAGGGCGGAAGGCAAAGGAUAUCCCCCAGCCACUUCCAGCGCCUAUCCAUGUGCCCGUGGCGGAUGUUCAGCUUGAGCUACCGGCGCGCACCAAGCGGAGGGUACCGGUAGCGCGCCACCCCACGCAACCCGAUUUCAGAUUUCUCUCCUCGGAUAACAAAGCCACACUGACCGCAGGAGAAAUGCUGUCGGAUGAGGAUGACGACAUUGACGAAGAACACCUAAGAGCCGCUCGACGUGUGGAAAUGAUGCAGAUGAUACCGGAUGAGAAGGAGCGUUUGUUCCUUCUGGACAUGAAUACACAUAUUGAGUCCGAACAGCCUCGCGGCGAUAUAUUCCUCGGACCUUGCCUACGACGAUGGCUGCACAAGCGGCGUGCGUGGCUGAAGGAUGCAACGAUAGCUAAGAUGUUUGAAGACUUUCUUUACGCGGCGUGGAGCAAAAGCUACAUCAGCGAGGACAUGUACAGAGCGUGCAUGAACGUGUCGCAGGACGUGAGGAAUGAUUCCUCUUUGCUUGCGGUCGACAAUUCAUACGACUUUGAGAAGAUGGGAAUGACUACGAGAUCAUCGCGUGCCAAAGACGAGUGUCUCUGCGGCGUGAAGGUGAACAGUGCAAGUCUCAAGACACGGAUAAGUUGUGCCAACAAGAGUUGCAUUCACCCCGAACAUCACAAAGCCUGUAUACAGAAAUUGCCGAUGUUUAAAGGAAGGACGUGGUUGCCACCAACAUGGUACUGUCACGUGUGUCUGGAAGCCAUCCGAGAGAGAUUAAAUAUCGCUUUGAAAGCCUCGGUCGAACCUCCAAUCGACUUGCCUAGUCCUAAAAAUCUUUUCAUCCCGGCAGCCGACCCUGCUGCCGCGCGGGAGCACUGGAGGAAAGUCCUUGAGGAGCACGGAUUCCCCGUUCUUAGAUAGGACCCGGGCAUUCUGUCUUCCUAUGGAAACAUUUGUCCUAAUGGAAGUCAAGGUUCAGCAAGGAUAACAUGUUCGGCACUGUCCAAGCUGUAUCAAGCCUUGCAUAGCGGAUCAUCUUAUUGACCAACAAAGUGCUUUUCACACUGUCUUGAACCAGGAAAGCGGCAGGGAUAGGUUUACAUAGCUUAUGGUUAUUCAUCCUGAUCUGCGCGGCCAUUUGUUUGGUGAAGGCGUUCGUAAGUAAUUUUGAAUGCUAUCAAUCUCUUUACUCUUUCGUAUUCAUUAUUCUUUGUAAAACGCCUCACACAACGAAGGCUGUGGGCAACGCCGGACUAGCACCGCAGCCUCACCGCCAGAGAAAUGGCCCACACCGGGUUGGUGCCGGGGCCUCACUACAUAAGUCAGGUAGCUUAGGGGAGGCUCUCCAAGAGAUCACUU